AUGUCACAUUUCCCAGAAACGCUUCCUAUUAUACCACUGGAUGGGAAGGUGCUUUUACCAGCUGUCGUCCUCAAGAUCUCCAUGAGAGGCAGAGAUGCAUCCGCUUUGACCCGCCGUCAUUUCCGUACUGCAGACCAACGUAAAGGAGCUCAUCUCGCAUGUGUGCCCUUGAAGCCUCUUCCAGCAGCCGAUACCCAAGCCAACACGUUGACAGAAGAGAAAGCCGUGGUCGUUCAAGGCAACAACAAAAAAAAGGACGAUCAUGAAGAGUCAGAGCCUGUUGCUUUGGUCAAGAAGGGUGAAAAGGAACGCUUGUGUGAAUAUGGCUGUGCAGCUCGUAUCCUUCGUGUUCAGAGAUCUGGGCUUGGCGUUGUAUCCGUAUUUAUCGAAGGUGUGGCUCGUAUCCAUGUGGAUCGUAUUAUCCAGGAUGAUGCCAAUAUGCUUGCCAAAGUCAAAUACAUUGAGAAGCCCACAAAGGAAAUCAAGAUCGACGACAAGUUGCGUGAUGAAACGAUCGCUUUCAAGGCGCUUUGCCGUGAAUUCUUGACCAAGAUGCGUGAUCUUCAAAUGCCAGACUCGCUCGUGGAUCAACUUGCAAAGCUCAUUGACAAUGUAUCUCCCUUGGUGUUGGCCGACAUGCUUGUUUCCAUCAUUGAAACUUCCUUUGAUGAGAAGUUGUGGAUGCUCUCCAAUACAGAUCCAAAGGAACGAUUGACCAAAAUGACUGAAUGGAUGACUCGACAAUUACAUGUGCUCAAGAUCUCUGAACAAAUCCAUUCAAGCAUCGAAGGCAAGCUCAACAAGAGUCAACGCGAGUUUUACCUCCGCCAACAGCUUGAAGCCAUCAAAAAGGAACUUGGUGAAAGCGAAGGAUCUGCAGGUGGCAAGGAUGAAGAUGAUAUCGCCCAGUUGACCCGCCGAUUGACAGAAGCCAACCUUCCUCAAGAAGCUGCCAACGUAUCGCAACGAGAACUCAAACGACUCAAAAAGCUACAACCAUCAUCCAGCGAAUGGUCCGUCAUACGCAACUAUCUCGAAUUGAUUGCAGACCUGCCAUGGUCGAAGAAGACAGAUGAAACGAUUGAUAUUCAACGUGCUAAACAACAAUUGGAAAAUGAUCAUUUUGGGUUGGAUCAUGUCAAGAAGAGAAUCAUCGAGUAUCUUUCCGUUAUCAAGAUCAAGGGAGAUCUUAAGGCACCCAUUAUUUGCCUUGUUGGACCCCCUGGUGUUGGUAAAACAUCCCUUGGCCGUUCCAUUGCAACGUCAUUAUCCAGAGAAUUCCACAGAGUUUCGCUUGGAGGUGUAAGAGAUGAGGCUGACAUGCGUGGUCACAGACGUACCUAUGUUGGCGCUAUGCCAGGGUUGAUUGUUCAAGGGUUGCGGAAAUGUGGCGUGAAUAACCCACUCUUUUUGCUUGAUGAGGUGGAUAAGCUUGUACAUUCAACAUAUUAUGGUGAUCCAGCUGCUGCACUCUUGGAAGUCUUGGAUCCUGAACAAAACAACAGCUUCUCUGAUCAUUAUCUCAACAUCCCAUUCGACUUAUCAAAUGUGUUGUUCCUCGCCACUGCCAAUUCUUUGGAGACUAUCCCAGGCCCCCUAUUAGACCGCAUGGAGGUUAUUCACCUUAAUGGAUAUACGUUUGAGGAGAAGCUUCACAUUGCUCGCUCACAUUUACUCCCAAAACAAAUCAAAGCACACGGAUUGGAGCCUAACCAAGUGACUAUGGCUGAUGAAGUCCUACUCAAGAUUGCUGAGAAUUAUACCCGGGAAAGUGGUGUGCGUAGUUUGGAGCGUACUAUUGCCUCCGUGGUGCGAGCAAAAUGUGUUGAAUUGGCAGAUUUUCAAGAGACCGGUACAAUGGACAAAUACAAUCCUGAAGUCAAGCUGAGUGAUCUCGAAGACAUCCUAGGCAUUGCUGUUUUCGAGAAAGAGGUCGCUGAACGUGAACCCUAUCCGGGUGUUGUCACUGGAUUGGCGUACUCUGGUAGUGGUAAUGGUGGAAUCUUGUUUGUGGAAGCGACAAAGAUGCCAGGCAAAGGAGAAUUGCAGUUGACCGGUUCAUUGGGCGAUGUUAUCAAGGAAUCAGCACAAAUCGCAUUGACAUGGGUAAAAGCACAUGCAUAUGCACUCAAGAUCGCACCCACCAAGCAUACCAAUAUCGUUGAGAAUUAUGACGUGCAUAUCCAUUUCCCUGGAGGUGCUGUUCCAAAAGAUGGCCCUAGUGCAGGUGUAACACUUGUGAGUGCGUUAGUCUCUCUUUUCUCAGGCUAUUGCGUCAAGCCCACAACAGCAAUGACAGGUGAAAUUUCCUUGCGUGGACAAGUGCUCCCUGUUGGUGGUAUCAAAGAAAAGGUGAUCUCUGCCCAUCGAGCAGGCAUUCGCAAGAUUAUCAUGUGCCACAAGAAUCGCAAGGAUGUUGAAUCCGAUGUACCAGAAAGUGUAAAGCAAGAUAUCACAUUCGUAUACGCAAAGCAUAUUUGGGACGUACUUGCUUCUGCUUUGGAAAUCAAUGACGAGUCCGCUGAAAAGUGGUCAAUGCGUACCUUGGAGAGUCACUUGUAA